AUGACAAACGUGGAAACCGUGAUGGAUGCUGUCGAGUGGUGCCUGUGGCACUCCCUGUCCGUGUGGAAGAUUGUGUGGCCCUUGUGGAGCAUUGCGGGGCGAUUGAUCGGGGCCCUGUUCGGCUUUCCGUUCAAUUGGCUGACACUGUUGAAGGUAUGCGUAAGACGAUACCGCCGCAUCGCGAACGGUCCGUCCGUGCAAGGCAGACCGUCCGCGGAGCGUCGAUGGAAGGCAUUUGAAUCUAUCUGGGCCACGCCCAUGGUGGUGCUCGAGGCGCGAGGCGAGCGCGAGGAUGGCUUAGGCUGGCUACUGUACAAGUGGUUGGACGCUUACCACGCUCUGUGGUUUAUGUUCCUGCCCAACGUGCUCGAGCUGGGUGGCGUGUUAACCGUGAUGUACUGGCGCGGAUCGAGGGCCGAGUGUCGGCGCUCGGUCGACCGUGCCUACUGCGUAGGCCGGGGACUGAGGGCGUUCAUAACGCUAGCGACGUACGCCGUGUUCUACACUGUCGUCUACGUGUAUGACUUGGUCGAGAAAGCGUGCCAAGGAGCGGUGGGUGUGGGCGUGCUACUCCUGACCCUGAACUACAUCCACUUACUGAAGUGCUACGAGACGGCGUCUGGAGGGCGGUCGCCGGCGAAGAUGGCGGAGGAGAACUACGCCGACUGGAGGCGGUCGCCGGCGAAGAUGGCGGAGGAGAGCUACGCCGACUGGCUCCGCGACGUCGAGGAAUUUCAGCAAGCUGGGCGCCUGAGUGAAGCAUUUUUGCGUGCGGACGGGUGCGUCGGGAAGCCGAAGCCUGUGCGUACUCUGAGUGGCCCAAGGGCGGAGCAGCGUGCUCUGCGGGCGAAGAUGAAGGCGGUCAAGGAGGAAGAGGCCGCUCGACGAGGACGUCGAGUCUCAGUCAGGGACGAUGUCCCGAGUGGGAACGGUGGUCACCGUCGUGGGUACGGUCGUGACCGUCCUCCUGCAGCCCGUCAACCGGCGCGUGGGCUACUACUCGAGGAUCAGCUGUUCGAGGAUCAGCUGACUGAGCAGUCAUCGGACUUUAGCGAGGGCGGUGACGUGAGGAGACAGGAGGGAGGUCACGAGCGCUGCGUGGCUCGGGGCGUGAGUCUUGACGUGAGCCAAGGGGGAGGGGUGAAAGGAGACGACAAUGUGUUCAAGGGCGGCGGCGUGCCGACGCUCAAGUUGAAGAGAAGAAGAGAGAGCUCGGAGCGAAGUGCUCCGUGCCAGGGCGAUGUCCCAGUGGCCGGGCGGCAAACCCCGCCCGGUGUCGCCCAUCUGCUUGCUCGCGUGUGA